UAGCAAACAAUUUAGAAGAGAGAAAAUAGCAGGAUGGGGUGGGUAUGGAAGGAAGAAUACUUGGAUUUGAUUCUUGUGCCAUUUGGCUUCUUUAUCAUGUGUUUCUAUCACCUCUUUCUUCUCUACAAAUACCUAAAAUGUCCUCAACUCACAACAAUCGGCUACGAGAAUCAUAACAAGAAUGCAUGGGUCGAAAAAAUGCUUCUGAUUGAACCGAAAGACAGAGGAAUUGCUGUAAACGUUCUUAACUCUCAAUUGUCAGCUUCAACUUCCUUAAGCUCAAUUUCGCUAAUUCUAUGUUCUUUUAUAGGAGUUGUGCUUGGAAACUCAUCCAAUCAUUUUCUAACAAGCAAAUUUAUUUUAGGGGACACAAGUAAAUCCACUAACUCCAUAAAACACAUUGCAGUUUUAUCUUGUUUCUUACUAGCCUUUUCUUGUUUUGUACAAACAACACGGCACUUUGUGCAUGGUUGUUUCCUUAUAAGCAUGCCCGUAGGUAAUGAUCCAGUUGAGUCAGUUAAGUGCAUCCAAAAGGCUGUGAGAAGAGGAAGUAAUUUUUGGGCAGCCGGAUUACGUGCACUUUACUUUGCAACCACUUUGCUUCUAUGGAUAUUUGGUCCGAUUCCUAUGUUUGUUGGUUCGGUUGGUACAGUGAUGGUUUUGCAUCUUCUAGAUAUGAAUAAAGCGCCAUUAAUUCGGUAUGGUGAUAAUAGUUUGAAGAAGAUCGAGCAGAAUGGUACUUCUGCAGUUGGCACUCUUGAACACAAUGGAAGGCCAUAAAGAAUUAACAAGACAAUAAUCUGUGUCGUGAUUAGCUAGUGAAGGCCAUAAGUAUUAUUGUGUUGAUUUUAAUUGUAACGGUAAAUUUGAGAUUAUUAAUGUUAUGUCAUGUUCAUAUAUCCAGCUCUAAUUAUUAAUGUUAUGUCAUCUUCAUAUA